AUGUUUGCUUCUUGGCCUGGGUCACCAGACGCAUUCCCCUCUCCCUCUCAUCUAUCCACUCCAAUGUCGAAAUCCAGCAAGGCUAAUUACCCUUGCAAUCAGAAAUAUACCGUCCCGUUUGCGCGGAAGUUGAGCCCCGCCGAGCAAACCCAGGUCGAUUACUACCGAUCAUUGCGCGAGAAGUUCCACGAUGGUCCCUUUUACUCUGUUCUCGAUGCCUCGUCCUCGAAUGCGAAGAAGGGAAGCGCUGCUCGCGCCAACUUUGAUCCCUUCCACGGCAUGCCCACAUAUUCUGGCCGUUAUCAAAGGAAGCGCCGCACGCUCCCCAAGAUUGCUGGACAGUCAUACUCUAAUGUGAUCUAUCUGGAAUGUACAGACUUGAAAUUCUUCCCCCGCGACCUAUGGCAGACCCUGCAGCCCAAUUUCCGACCCGACGCUUCACUAGACGGCUACCAGACGCAAAUGUCUGCAGCCGGUGUCAAGCGUGGCUUCGAAGAUGAAGAAGACGACGGGCCUUCUAAGCGCAAGGCUGGCGAUGACGAUGAGGAGAAUGAAGGCGAAGGAGAAGAGGGUGAGGCGCUGGAUGAUGACGAGGAACAGGCCGAGGAUUCGAUGGACGAUGACUUCUCCGAGGACGACGACGAUAUGGGCGGCGACUACAAUGCCGAGCAGUACUUCGACGGUGGAGAUGAUGAUAUGGGCGAUGAAGAUGGCGGCGGCGGCGACGAUGACAUGUAA